AUGGCCAAGGACAUUCAGAUAAGUUCUAGCAGGCCAGCUGCAGUGAAGGCCAGGAAAAGAGCCUGCCCGGAGCCCUGGGUUAUUGGCCUCAUCACCUUUCUAUCCCUGAUCGUUCUGGCAGUGUGCAUCGGUGUCACAGUUCAUUAUGUGAGAUACAAUCACAGGAUGACCCACAAUUACUACAGCACAUUGUCAUUCACGAGCGACAAAGUGUAUGGUGAGUUUGGCAAAGAGGCUUCUAAAAAUUUCACAGAAAUGAGCCAGAGAAUUGAAUCAAUGGUGAAAUAUGCAUUCUAUAAAUCUCCAUUAAGGGGAGAUUUUGUCAAGUCUCACAUUAUCAAGUACAGUCAGGAGGAAGAUGGGGUGUUGGCCCAUAUGCUGCUGAUUUUUAGAUUCCGCGCUACUGAAAAUGUUGACACCAAAAAUUCAAUUAUUCAGCGUAUUCUACACGAAAAGCUGCAAGAUGCCACAGGACCUCCUAAACUAGAUCCUGCAUCAGUCGAAAUUAAAAAAAUCAACAAGACAGAAACAGACAAAUUUCUGAAUAACUGUUGUGGGACACGAAGGAGUAAAUCUGCAAGACAGAGUGUCAGGAUAGUUGGUGGUACAGAAGUUGAAGAAGGAGAAUGGCCAUGGCAAGCCAGCCUGCAGUGGGAUGGCCUCCACCGCUGUGGAGCAUCUCUGAUUAACAGCACAUGGCUUCUGAGUGCUGCUCACUGCUUUACCUUGUAUAAGGAUCCAGCCAGAUGGACUGCAUCCUUUGGAGUAACCAUAAAACCUCUCAAAAUGAAGCAAGGCCUGCGGAGAAUAAUUGUCCAUGAGAAAUACAACCACUCAACACAUGACUAUGAUAUCUCACUGGCAGAGCUUUCUAGCCCUGUUCCCUACACAAAUACAGUACACAGAAUUUGUCUCCCCGAGGCAAGCCAUGAAUUUCAUCCGGGUGAUGAGAUGUUUGUGACAGGCUUUGGAGCACGACAGGAUGACGGUUACACUCAAAAUCACCUUCGAGAAGUACAGGUGGAUCUCAUACAGACUGAUAUUUGUAAUGAUCCUCAAGUUUAUAAUGGUGCCAUAACUCCCAGAAUGCUAUGUGCUGGCUCCUUACAAGGAAAAAGAGAUGCGUGUCAGGGUGAUUCUGGUGGACCACUGGUUAGUCCUGAUCCUAGGAACAUCUGGUACCUUGUUGGAGUCGUGAGUUGGGGAGAUAAAUGCGGGCAACCCAAUAAGCCUGGCGUUUAUACAAGAGUGACUGCCCUCCGAGACUGGAUCACUUCCAAAACUGGCAUCUAAUGAGAAAGAUCUAGCAAAAUGGAAUGUGUGUGUGUGUGUAUAUGUGUGUGUGUGUGUGUGUGUGUGUGUGUAGGUUAUUUUUAGAAAUGCAGAAUUGCAGAAGAAGCCUUUGAUUCACCAGGAUCUUACUCAUCUCACUAAAUUGUGUACUUCAUGCAUAUCUAUGUGUAUUCUGGCUCUAUUCCACGCCAGACCUUUCCGCUUCUGCCAGACGGACUCUGUCCUAACCUGCAUUUUUCUGUUUUCUAGAAAUUUCCUGUCUUCAAAAAUUUUAGCUUGUUAAACAAUUUUUUGGCACAUAUAUUAAUUUCAUUAGAUUUCUUAUUUCAAUAAAUUUCUGUUUUGAAGGUGUGACAUAGAGAAUGAAAGAAAAUGUAUGAAGGAAAAAAUCACAUUUAAAAAUGUAUGUGAAAAUAUUAGGGGUUUUAUUUUUCUUCUCAUAAAAUGUCGAGAAUCAUUGUAAUUAGUAUGAAAAAUCAAGCAAACAGAGACAGCAGAAUACCAA